UGAUGGAUGGAUGGAUGCGCAAUCUCUGUUGGGCUCCACAGCGCUAUUCCUCAAUCAUAUUACCGAAAGGCGUCGGUAUUCUUUCUCUACAUUUGGACUUCAUUGCCUUAAUGACAAAGAAAGGUGCGAGGUCAGUGUUUGAUGCUUUUUUUUUUUUUUUACUUCUUUUCGGUCAGAUGAAGAGUUGUUGAUGAUCGGAUUGUAGCUCAAGAUCUCCAGUAGGAAGAACUAACCGGUGAGUCGAUCGGAGCCCUAUCCUUUUCUGAAUGCCAGUCAUACUGUAAUUUCAAGUUCCGAUAAGCUUUUUAAUCUCCAGGUUAAGGAUCUAAAUCUUGUUUGGCUUGUUCUUGAUAGUGAACACUUUUCCUUUUGCACGAACAGCUUUUAAGAUUCUCCGAUUGAAUUCUAAAACAAGACAGUGAUCACAGUAAAACUUAGGGUUCAACUGAUUUUUUUGUUGUUUUUUUCCUCUUCAAAUUCAUGCAGAAGGUCGAUAUGUCAGUGUUUCUUCACAUCUUGCGUUGCUUUUGCUGUUGUUGUGAUGAUCCUGAUCUUGACAACAAUUACCGUGAAAUUUAUACUGCUAAUAGUUCUGAAAGAUUCAGAGUUUCCGACGUUAGUGAUUCAAGUAGUUAUCAAAAAAUCCAACCAGAUACUUCUGCUGUAACUCCUCUUCUUUAUUAUUAUCAUUAUCCAAAUUAUUCCAAGGCAAAAGAGUCGACAUUGGAGAAGAGUAGUACAGCAUCUUAUAAUGCCAAGACUUCAAAUCUAUUGCAGCAUUCUAGUAAACCUCAGUCUUCCUCUGUAUUCCCAAAACCAUCUUCACAUGCUGCUGCUCCCAACUGUGGGAGAUCCAGUUCAUCUUCCUUCGGAGCUCAUUCACUUUCAUCGUCGACAUUGGAGAAGAGUAGUACAGCAUCUUGUACUGCCAAGACUUCAAAUCUACUGCAGCAUUCUAGUAAACCUCAGUCUUCACCUGUAUUCCCAAAACCAUCUUCACAUGCUGCUGCUCCCGACUGUGGGAAAUCCAAUUCAUCUUCCUUCAGAGCUCAUUCGGUUUCAUCGUCGACAUUGGAGAAGAGUAGUACAGCAUCUUAUAAUGCCAAGACUUCAAGUCCAUUGCAGCAUUAUAGUAAACCUCAGUCUUCACAUUCAACUCCAUCAGGCUCUAUUAGUUCUUCUUCGUCGUCUUCGUCUUCCUUCGGAGCCCAUUCGCUUUCAUCGUCACUUCUUAGACCUCAAGAGAUAUCGUAUCUACGAUCUCCUUCUCCAGUUUCCUCUGACUUAACCCGAUCUUCAGUUAACCAACUUGUUUCUUCAUCUAAACUGCCAACACCAACUCCAAAGCCCUCUUAUUUUCUUCCCUCCCCAUCUACUACAUCUUUCCCCGAACCUCCUCGAGAGCCGACUCUACAUCCAACUUCGACUUUGUACUUAGCUCCUAAGGAUAUUGAAGAUCUGAUAAAAAACGACAUUGUACCUCAUGUUCUGAGAAAACCUCUGUCGCCUUCAACAUAUAAGUCUUACUUUGCUGCCCUGCUCUAUGCUGAGGACUUCUAUUAUAAGAAAUGGAGUGAUUACAAAUUGAGAAAUGUCAGUUUGGAGCUCCAACAAAUAACAAUCCAUAAAGGACCGAACAAGAAAACAAAGUUCAAUGGCCAUGAGAAGGUCACUAAAACCUUUGUGGCAUUUGAGAUCGACUCUGUCCCUGAGAGGCGGCCAUUUCUCUUGUCAAGGGAUUUGGUUCAUGCAAGGCUUUGUGAGAGGAAACUUGAGCCAUUUCAGGGCCUUGUCUACAGAGUUUCCAAGAGUAAUUAUCAAUUAAGGAUGAAUAACAUUCUGUUGGUCAAUUUUGGGGAAGACUUCCAUUCUCGGCAUCGCAAAACCGACAAAUACGACAUCAGUUUUACCUUCAACAGAGUUUGUUUAAAGAGAGCUCACCAAGCUAUAGAAGAAGCGUCUGAUUCUUUGCUCCAGAGUUUCCUCUUUCCUAAAUCCACGUCCAGAAAAGUCAACCCCUACAUCGAAGUUACACGUUCAGGCCAGCAAUUACUUGACCCUGCUCAAAAGAAUGCAAUUCGUCAGAUUUUACUCUUACAAGGUUCACCACCUUACCUAAUCAGAGGUUCACCCUGUGUUAGCUCUUAUGACUGGGCAGAGAAUCAAACUAGGAAAAUCACGAGAACAGGAGAAGUUGUUGUAGGAGCAGUGUUUCAGAUUUACUCAACCUCUCCUAAUUGUAAAAUUCUGAUAUGUGCUCCCAGGAAUACAACAUGUGAUGAGUUGAUGAUAUCUUUGAAGAAGGUGAUUCCUGAGUCGAACAUGUUCCGUGCUAUCGCGGCUUUUCGAGAACGAGACGAGGUCCCAGAUGACAUCUUACCACUGUGUGACUACAACAGGGAUCAGGAGUGUUUCGCUUGUCCUGCACUUGACGAGCUCCACAAAUACAAGAUAAUAUUCUCGACGUUCAUGAGCAGCUUUCGACUACGUACUAAAGGCUCGGCUCCUGGACAUUUUAGCCAUAUUUUUCUGUUGGAUGCAUCGGCAGCUAUCGAGCCUGAGGUGCUAGUUCCCUUGACUAAGUUUGCAAUAGAUGCUACUAAUGUCAUAGUUACGGGACAAAGAGGGAAUCAGCCAUAUUGGGUUCGGUCACAAAUUGCUCGAAGACAUGGAUUGAAGAUAUCGUAUUUUGAGAGACUUGAGGAGAGGAUGCCAUAUAGAGGCAAUAAUCCAUCCUUCAUUUCAGAGGUAUAUGAGGAAGAUGAUGAAAGUGAGGAUAGCUUUAUAUGAUGAUCAACUACCAUCCUAGAACAUGGCUUUAUGUGAUUGUUGUACUAUAAGUUGAAAGAUCUAUCUAUUUUAGUUCUUAA